AGCCAGGGCUUUCACUUCACUCCGAACAUGAGCCGCGCGCCCGCCGGCCCCCCACACAGUACCCGCGACGCGCCUAUUUCAAAAAACGAACCCUAACUUUUUAAACAAAAACUCUUUUGAGUUCCAUAACAAUUUUCAAAAAUUCGAACGUCCCCGUGAUUGUUGUCUGUGACUUUGUAGGAACUCUUUGUUUAGAAAAAAAAAAAUGCUUCUGAAGAGUUUGCUGGUCCUGUGCCUGGCGGUGAUCUGCCACAAUGGAGAAGCCGCUGAAGGCGUCAAACAACUAGUUGCACCGGAAUACCUGCUCCCGUGCAGCCGGAGCGACCCCGAGCUGGACACCUGCAUCAAGCGCUCGUUCAACCACCUGCGGCCGUACCUGGCGCGCGGGCUGCCCGACCUGGAGGUGCCCCCCGUGGAGCCACUGCUGAUCGACCGCCUCACCAUGGAGAACAACGCCGGCGCCGUCAGGGUCAAGGCUGUCUUCAGUAAUAUGUCCGUGAUUGGGCCGAGUAACUACACUAUUACGAAGAUCAGGUCGGACCUGAAGAAGCUGCGCAUCGACAUGGGUCUGGUGCUCCCGCGCAUCGAGAUCACGGGGCACUACGAGAUCUCAGGCCAAGUGCUGCUGUUCCCCGUCCGGUCUCAGGGAGAGUUCUGGGCUGCCUUCACGGACGUGGCGGCCAUCGCCAAGGUGUUCGGCAAGGAGUUCGAGAGGGACAACCUCAAGUACAUGAAGGUGGACCGCAUGCUCGUGGACUUCAAGCUGCGCAGCUCCCGUUUCAAGGUCAAGGACACUGUCAACUACGGCAGCGUGAUUGGUGAAGCAAUGAACCAGUUCCUGAACAACAACGCGGCGGAGAUCAUCGACGAGAUGCGCCCCGCCGCCUCCGUGUCCAUCGGCAAGCACUUCCAGGCCUUCCUCAACUCCGCCUUCACCAAGAUUCCCAUGGACCUGUGGCUCACUCCUUAGGUAGAUGAGUUAUGGGUUAGGUUAACUUUAGGUUCCAUUGCUUAGUGCUUGUUCACGUUGACGGUGUAAGGGCACGAAAUAUCAGACAGCGUCAAAAUUAACGAGCGAGCGUUAUGCUGGCACCGCACUUAUUGGCUACUUGAAUUUAUUUGGCAAAAAUGAUUGUAAAUUAAGCAAUAAUUUUGGCAAAUGUACUGACCACAUAUGGCAGUUGUAGCAAAUACCAAUAGCUAAGUGGGGUGGUAGCAUGAUCCGUAGGUUUUCACGUCGAAGCAUACGUGGACUUGCGCCCCUUCAAUGUGAACAAGCUUUAAGUUUUAUUCCAUAGACCGUAGCUGUAUAAUGAAUAUUUUUGACCCUAAUCGAUGGGCGAUUAGGUGGUUCACCGGAUAAGAGAUUUUGAUGAUAAUCAAACGCAUUUAAUCCCGGUGAACCAUUGUCGAUAGCCUAUCGAAAAGUGAAAAAAUAUAAGGUGAUAUGGCCAUGGGAGUGUAUAUUGGAAAAUGUAUGAUUUGACGGUGGCAUUAGUGUAGUAUGUUCACUUUCAUUGCAAACAAAGUUAGCCAAGUCGAUCCGAAAAUUGAAAAUUUUGUUAUAAGUGCUUUUGAUCUCAACUAAAAAGUGGCUUUGAAAGUGAAAAGAUUAUGCUAAGUAAAUGUCCUUAGGAUAGUCAAACCCAGUUUCAGUAUUUAACUCAUAAGAUUCAUAAUAAUCUAAAUCGAAUUAAUCAUGUUUAAGUACUGUUUUAUACAGUUAAACCCGCCUAUUAAAAACCCGUGGACUGCAACCCAGUCCCAAUCAUCAUUGUACGGAAAUUCGGUAAUAAACUAAAAUGCUAGUUUUUUCAACCAGGAUAUUUAAGUUACCCGGUUUUGUAUGUAGUGUAGUGGAGCAGUGACAAGUGUUAUUUUAACAGAAAAGCUGUACUAUACUUACUAAUCACAUUUCGCUCGGCCUACACUUUGUUUGCAUAAUAGUAUAGUGCUAGAAAUCAUAAUCAGUACAAAUAAGCAAUAAUAAUCAAAUGACAAAUAAUAGCAAUCAACUAGAUGUAAGAUUCUAAGGUAUUAUUUAUUUAAGUUCCCAGUGAAUACUUGUAGGUUAGUAACAGUAUCAAUACUUAUUUUGUAAGAUUAUCAAAAACAUAAUUGUGAUGUAUAAUUUUAAGGUAAAACAAUUAAAGGGUCCUGUAAGAUCAU